GGGUCUGCAAUGGGCGGCGGUACACAUUCCAAGCCUGCCGGUGAUGGGACAGACGCGUCCAUUCAGCUGGACAUGGCCCCAAACUCUGUCGACGACAUGUACGAUGGCUGCAGAGAUCAAAUGAUGAAGAAGCUGCCAGAAUACCUGAACAACGAGAAGAACAGAAACAAAGAAUUUGCAAAAGCCUGGAAAAAUGCUGAAGCCAAAGCAUACACUUCAUCAGAACUAGACAAACAACACAUUACAGCUAUUAAAUGUUACACCGCUGCUGAAAACGAUGUGUAUUAUCAAUUCAAUACCGCAGUUCGAAAAGAGGGACCUGAGUACAAGACCACAUUCGGCUUUCAUGCUCUUCACUUUCUCCUGACUGAUGCCAUUCAAGCUCUGAAAGAACGCAGGAGCAAAAACGUCCCUGUGGGACAGGACGGAUGUGUCACUAGCUUCCGUCGAGUCGGCAGGUCCUUUAACGGAAAAAAAAACACGCAGUUUCGCUUUAGCUCCUUCACCUCAUCCUCAUGGGGUAAGUACAUCGAGAAUGAUAAAUAUGGAAAAAAGACGUGUUUUGAGAUUAAGACGUGCUUUGGAGAAGACAUAUCCAAGUACUCUACAGUUGCGGAAGAAAGAGAAGUGCUAAUUCCUCCGUAUGAGAUCUUUAAAGUCAUCGAUAUAAAGAGCUCUGGGCCGAAAGAAAGUUUUCCAUGUGAGGUGGAAUAUAAAGUCAAGAGUGCAGGCAAA